AUGAUCUCUGGGGUUUCAGCUCAACGCUCAGAGCUAAUUGCAGUCAUUCAGGUUUUACAGCUCACAGCUUCAGAUCCUAUCAACAUUGUCUAUGAUUCAGCUUAUGUUGUGAAUGUAGCCAGUCACAUAGAAAUUGCUACAGUUAAAAGUACACUAGACCCAGAACUGCUUAAUUUGUUUCACUUAUUCUCAUAUGCUGCAUGCUACAUUUCAAACAGAUACCCAAUUGGCUUCCUGGCUUUCCUAUCUAGUAUGAUUGCCCCUUCUCCUAAGAGCAGUGAAGAGGAAGAGCAAGAGGAUGAAGAAGUUCUUCAGGGAGAACAAGGAGAUUUUAAUGAUAAUGAUACCGAACCAGAAAAUCUGGGUCACAGGCCUCUCCUCAUGGAUUCUGAAGAUGAGGAAGAAGAGGAGAAAGGUAGUUCUGAUUCUGAUUAUGAGCAGGCUAAAGCAAAGUACAGUGAUAUGAGCCCUGUCUACAGAGACAAAUCUGGCAGUGGACCAACCCAAGAUAUUAAUACAAUACUCCUCACCUCAGCCCAAUUAUCCUCUGAUGUUGGAGUGGAGACUCCUAAACAGGAGUUCGAUAUAUUUGGCGCCGUCCCCUUCUUUGCAGUGUGUGCUCAACAGCCCCAGCAAGAAAAGAAUGAAAAGAACCUCCCUCAACACAGGUUUCCUGCUGCGGGACUCCAGCAGGAGGAAUUUGAUGUAUUCACAAAGGCGCCUUUUAGCAAGAAGGUGAAUGUACAAGAAUGCCAUGUGGUGGGGCCUGAGACGCAUCCCAAAAGCAUAGAUAUAUUUGGCUUCACUCCAUUUCAGCCCUUCCUCACAUCAACAAGUAAAAGUGAAAGCAACGAGGACCUUUUUGUUGUGCCCUUUGAGGAAAUAAUGGGGAGCUCGCAGCAAAAAGUCGAACAGCACAGCUUACAGAAACUGUCCUCUCGCCAAAGGCGCAUAAAGCAGGAUAUGUCCAAAAGUAAUGGGAAGCGGCAUCAUGGCACGCCAACUAGCAAAAAGAAGACUCUGAAGCCUACCUACCGCCCUCCAGAGAGGGCUCGCAGGCACAAAAAAGUGGGUCGCCGAGUCUCUCAAACCAGCAAUGAAUUUUUAACCAUCUCAGACUCCAAGGAGAACAUUGGUGCUGCAGUGACUGAUGGGAAAGAUAGGGGGAAUGUCUUAAAACUCGAGGAGAGCCUGUUGGACCCCUUCGGUGCCAAGCCCUUCCAUCCUCCAGACCUGUCAUGGCACCCUCUACAUCAGGGCCUGAAUGACAUCCGUGCUGAUCACAAUACUGUCCUGCCUGAGCAGCCAAGACAAAAUUCACUACAUGGGUCAUUCCAUAGUGCAGAUGUAUUGAAAAUGGAUGAUUUUGGUGCCAUGCCCUUUACAGAACUUGUGGUGCAAAGCAUUACUCCACAGCAGUCCCAACAGUCCCAACCAGUUGAAUUAGACCCAUUAGGUGCUGCCCCAUUUUCUUCUAAACAGUAG